GAUGAAGAACACGGUGUUAUAAACAGACGGUAAUAACACGGUAGAGAAUGCACUUUACCCUACACGAGUCACAACUUGGACACGCGCCAGCCUUUCCCUCCCCGAGGUCACAACGAAUGAGCAAAACGCAGAGGCGUAAGAAGGGAUUUGUUGUUCAUGUACUGUAGUCUCCCGUAGUUCAGCUCGGGGAGGUUAUAGGUGGUGGCCCGACAUAACGACAAAACAGGAGUCUCUGGUUACACGGUUACGUUAAGAUUUAACGUAGUUGCGUCUACUCUCACCACGGGAAAAAAAAUGUAGUUGCUCCUCGUGCUUUAGGCCUACAGUGAAAACCGGAGACCUCGAGAGCACGUCUUUUUUUGGAACUGUCCGCGCCUGGGAAGAAAUCAAAACAACAAUGCAGAGUGGCACCAAUAUAUCAGAUACAGCCAAGGAGUUAUGUGACGCGGUGUCAGUGUCUUUAGGUUUGAGUUCGCAGUUAAACGAGAUAGUGGAUAAUGGACGGAGCGGCCCUGCCUUCUCUGCAGACUGCGGCCCAAAUCAUGGAAACCAUUUUUCAGUCUCGGAGGAGUCAUCUCCAGAGUUUGGAGCGGGCGCAAGUAUGACCUCAGAGUUAACCACCCAGAUGCAGAGGAAAACGACAAUUACAUCAAAUGAUCUCGGGCCAUCGUUCGAAGUACAUCAAGACAUUUGUGGACAAAAUUAUGUCGGUUUUUUACAGACCCUCGAGCGCGAAAGGGACAGCGCAUGGAAGGUGACGAGGCCUAUGCACGAGUUGGAAAUGGCCCGAGGUCUCCGUAAAAACUCGGACAUGUUCGUGAAUCUGGAUAACGCUAUUGCGCUCUCGGUGCCCUCUCAGUUUGACGAGCUGUUACCUUUAAGUUCUCCAUUCCGUAAAGACGCCCCAACCCCGUUAUUUGGUAGGGAAUUUACGGAUCAAUCGACCGUCAAUGGCCUCAUCAAAAGCAGCCUUAACAAAACCGAACGAGGACACGAGGGACCCUGUCCGGUGGCGGGUGGAUCUUGGUUCUGUAAAUAUUUGGACAACGGAAAUUGCAUGUCUUGUGGAGCACGUAAAGCCUGUCCCCCUGGGGUUAACUAUCAGGACUAUGACCCUGGGAUGCCACAAGAGGGUCAUGUCCAGGAGCAAAGUUACCAAAGUGUGAUGCAUGAAAGCGGUUUUCAACAAGUGUAUCACUCCGCUAUCAAGAAGGAGAGUUCUGGAUGGAUGAGUGCUGACUCCAGACUGAGAUGUGAGGAUAUGUUGCCAGUCUACUUCUCAGACCGGAGGGUGUGUAAGGUAUGUGGAGACGAGGCGUCAGGCUGUCACUAUGGAGCUGUUACCUGUGGGAGCUGUAAGGUGUUCUUCAAGAGGGCUGCAGAGGGUAAGCAGAAUCACCUGUGUGCCAGCCGUAACGACUGCACCAUCGACAAGUUGAGGAGGAAGAACUGUCCUUCCUGUCGUCUCAGCAGAUGCUUCCGGUCUGGAAUGAGCCUCAAAGGCCGGAAGCUGAGGGGAGCUGGCCCGCUGAAAGGAGGAGUGGAGGGGGGAACACAGGCACCUGGCAAAGAGAGGACUGGAGAGAGGGGAGGAGAGAGGACUGGAGAGAGGGGAGGAGAGAGGCCUGGAGAGAGGACUGGGGGAUUACAGUUGUCCACCAUUUCCCCACAGGCUAAAUGCUGUGCUGCGUGGCAGGCUCCCGCUCUUGGCCCCUCCCCCAGUCUACGCCCCUCCCUCCUCAACAUUCUGAGUUCCAUUGAGCCAGGAAUGGUCAACGCAGGCCAUGACACCUCCCAGCCAGACUGUUUCGCCUCUCUACUGUCCAGCCUCAACGAGCUGGGAGAGAGACAACUGGUGUCUGUGGUGAACUGGGCUAAAGCCAUGCCAGGUUUCAGACAGCUGCAUGUAGAAGACCAGAUGUCAGUGAUCCAGUCUUCAUGGCUGGGGUUGAUGGUGUUCGCUCUGGGCUGGAGGUCUUACACUAACACAGAUGCUAGAGAGCUCUACUUCGCUCCUGACCUCAUCUUUAACGAUCAGAGGAUGCGUGUGUCCAGUAUGUACGAACACUGUGUCCAGUUCCGUCUGCUGUCCCAGAGGUUCUGUAUGCUCAGAGUCACCCAGGAAGAGUUCCUCUGUAUGAAGGCUCUGCUCCUCUUCAGCAUCAUCCCUGUGGAGGGUCUGAGGAAUCAGAAGUGUUUUGACGAGCUGAGGAUCUCUUACAUCAAGGAGCUGGUUUGUCUGGCCAGCCAACAUGGAGAAAAACACCAUACACAACGCCUGUUCCAGCUAACACAGCUACUGGACUUCCUACACCCGAUUGUGAGGAAGCUGCACCAGUUCACCUAUGAUCUGUUUAUCCAGGCCCAGUCUCUGCCCACCAGAGUCAGCUAUCCAGAGAUGAUCUCUGAGAUCGUCAGCGUUCACGUGCCCAAGAUACUCACAGGCAUAGUUCAGCCAAUCCUCUUUCACAAUGCACCUUGCUAGAGGGUCAUCCCAUCGCAAUGCACCUUGCUAGAGGGUCAUCCUAUCACAAUGCACCUUGUUAGAGGGUCAUCCUAUCACAAAACACCCUGCAAGUGGUUCAACUUAUCACAAAACUUCCUGCUAGAGGUUCAACCCAGGGCAGGCCCUAGGCUCAAGGUACUUUUUUUUGGGGGGGGGACUCAGUAAUGUUGAGAGUUAAAGUAAAAUACACAAGGUGACAUUUUUAAAUGUGUUAGUGAAUCAGCAGUUUUUGUUAGUGCUUCAGCAGUGUCAGCCUCUGAAUUAGCCCCUGUCAGCAAACAUUUAUUUAGAUUGGUAAGUUAGCCAGCUGUCUACGCCUUAUAGUAAUCAUGGCCAACUAAUGACCAGGCACGCAUGUACCCUGACCUCCAGGGGACCUCAAUUGAUGUUGUCAGUCACUCUCACUCAGAUAUCAUAAGUCAUGGCAAAAUGUGUAGAAUUGUAGGAAAUGUGCUUUAAAACUUGAUCAUUUCUCUCCACCCCCUGGCAGUAUUUGUAGAAUUGUAGGAAAUUUACUUUAAAACUUGAUAAUUUCUCUCCACCCCUGGCAGUAUUUGUAGAAUUGUUGGAAAUUUGCUUUAAAUCUGCAAGAUCUUCUGGCUGCCCCAUUUGAAGAAAAAUGUGUAGAAUUUGAUAAAAUGUGAUUUAAAACCACAACAUUUUCUCUACACCCUAUAGCUAAAUGCGAAUGUGAAUUUCAGGAAAUGUACUUUAAAACUUAAAUUUGCUUUAUCUGUGCCGUCAAGAGGGGGCCCACUAAAAUGUUUUACCCGCAUGGUGUGGGGCCCCAAAACGCUAGGGCCAGCCCUGGUUCAAUAUAUCACAAAAACCUUACUAGAGGACCAACCAUUGUCUGUACAUGAAUGGGCAAAGCCGUCGAUGAUGUCACACCAUUAAUUCCUAUGUGAAGACUCAAUGUCGCAUUUGAAGGUUAGGAAGUCGGUUUUAGCUUGCUAAAGUGCCGUCUCAUGGGGAUUUGUUGCAGGCUAGGUCAGUGCUGCCUGCAACCGAAGGCCGACCAGGGUACUGCAGGCUACCAUGGCAACUCAAUUAUCCUUAUAACUUCUUUGUAUAAUUGUCUUUUUUUUAAAUAAUCAGUUCAAGGACAUACAUCUGUUCUAAUAUAAGCAAUUAUUGGUAACAUGGUUGUGUUUGAAUGCUUUUUUUUUUCUCUCUCUCUAAUAUUGACAACAAAGAUUGCCAUUUUCCCAUUCACUAUAAUGGGAGAUCCUGCUUUCUGGAAACAACAGCCUUCAGUACCGCAGUCGGCCUUGAACUUCAUGGCUUCAAUGAGAGGGGUCCGUUGGUCCCCCCAGGGUUGAUUACGUUACAACCCCUGAUCUCAAGCUAGGGUUUGAUCCUGAAUGUACAUUUCAGACUGUUGGUUCUCUCUCUUUUCAGUUAACUGUUAUAUACUCUUUUAUAGUUUCAGUAAAUGUAGUAGUAUUUUUAACACUGUCAAAAUAAGUCAUAAUUCUUCUGAAUAACACAUCAUUCAUACUCUACAGACAUUCAUAUAUAACACAAUAUCUGUAAAUAUCAAAUGCAUUAUACGUUGCAUAUUCUAUCAAAACAAAUCAUACUUCUUUAAAAUUCUAACAAAUGAAACAAUCUAUAUUCCACAUCACUGGGUCUUUAUUUGGCAUCAUGUGAUCUGUAUCUUAAGUAUUCUAUAAGUGACAGGGAAACACAUACAGGUUGUAUCCAAAAUGACAUCCAAACCCUUUUAGUGCACUACAUUUGAGUAGGACCCAUAGGGCUCUGGUCAAAACUAGUGCACUAUAUAGGGAAUAGGGUGCCAAUUUCUGACUCAAUUUUCCAUAAAAAAAGCUUAUAUUUCUCCUUCAGGUAAGGUGUUACCAUCUAUUGGAGUAUUGAGCUUCAUCAAUACUUUAUCCUGUCUGAGUUCAUGUGUCUACUUACCAAAUAAAUACCGUACCUCACUGUU